GCCAACUGCAUUUGAUAUCUAUAAAAAACUAUCAAGCUGGUAUAAGAUAUUAGAUCAUAGUAGUGCGACAAAUCAGAAUGCAUUAGUAAUAUUAAAAGCAUUCCAGUCUGCAGAUGAAAUUAUUCCUACAUUACCAACUGAGUUGCCAAUUUACUCUAAAGAUAAACUUACAA